CGAUUAGAGUGUCCCAAACAUUCCAUCCAUUGAAACCUACUGCUAUACGAUCACAAUAAUGGGGUUCUUAUGUUCUCUUACUUUCUCCAUACAGUUUCUUCUUCUCUUCUCAUCUUCCCUCUUCACAAACUGUUUUACUUUGAAUGAUUUAACUAGUACUCAUCAUCAUGAGUGCCAUCAACAUGAAAGCAAUGCCUUGCUCAGCUUUAAACAAAGCUUCAUCAUAAGUAAGUCUGCUUCUUACAAUCCUUCCAGUUAUCCUAAAACUCUUUCUUGGAGUCCUUCCACAGAUUGCUGCUCCUGGGAUGGCAUUGAAUGUGAUGAGCUCACAGGUCAUGUCAUUUCCAUUGAUCUUAGUAGCAGCCUGCUCUAUGGUUCCAUGGAUCCCAAUAGCACCCUUUUCUCACUUGUGCAUCUUCAAAGUCUUGAUCUUUCGGACAAUGACUUCAAUCACUCGCAAAUUCCAGCCAAGAUAGGUGACUUGUCACAACUGAGCUAUUUGAAUCUUUCUCAAGUGGGUGAAACCACAUUGUCAGGUGAAGUCCCAACUCAAAUUUCCCAUUUGUCCAACUUGUUGUCCCUUGAUCUUCGCAGCUAUAUUUUGCCACCGCUUGAUAAUCUAAUGAUCAACCAUUUACAACUCAAGGUAUCCACUCUGCGAAGCUUAAUUCAGAACUCAACAAGACUUGAACAACUUCGCCUUAAUUAUGUCAGCAUUUCAUCAUCUUUACCUAACACUCUCACAAACCUUACAUCUCUGCAAAAACUCUCUUUUCGAAACUGUGAACUAUAUGGUGAGUUUCCGGUUGGAAUAUUCUAUUUCCCAAACUUAACUUCUUUGAAUUUAGUGCAAAACCAAAAUCUGCAGGGUACAUUACCUGCAUCCAUUGGAAACCUGACCAAUUUGGCUUACUUGGCUCUUGAAGAUAAUAGCUUUCAUGGUGAAAUCCCGCAGUCUCUUUUUAGACUCGAAAAUCUUGAACAUUUGUCUCUGUCGUAUAAUUUCUUUGAAGGCAGCUUAGCACUUGACAUGUUUUUGAAGCUAAAGAUGCUUAAUGGUCUUCACUUGUCUGGCAACAAAUUGUCUUUGUUCUCACAAAAUAGGUAUGUCAAUCUGACAAUCCUUCCUCCAAUUCAGCGGUUAGAAUUGAGUGGGUGCAAUUUAGCUGGGGAAGUUCCAACUUGGAUAAUGAAUCUAACCACUCUAAGUCACUUGGAUCUUUCUCGAAAUAAUCUUCAAGGUGAAAUUCCAUAUUUCUUCUUCAGGUUAGAAAAUCUUACAGUUCUCGAACUAGCUAAUAAUAUAUUGGAAGGACAGAUCGAGCUUGAUAUGCUUUCAAAACUCAAAAAGCUGACUGUACUUGGUUUUGGGGGAGGUAAUAAAUUGUUUUUUCUUGAAGGGAAGAACACUUCGAAUGUAACCAUUCCUUCUCAAAUUCAAUAUUUAGAAUUAAGUUCAUGCAAUUUGGUUCAUUUUCCCAAUUUUAUACAACACUUGCAAGAGUUGACUGAUCUUUCCAUAUCAUACAAUAGCAUAAAGACAAUACCCAGUUGGAUAUGGAAUAAAACAACUCUUCAGAGGUUGGAGAUUUUCAACAAUCUAUUGAUAGCAGAAAUAUCCCCCUUGAUAUGCAAUCUGCAAUCCUUGGUGCAUCUUGAUUUAUCUUCCAACAAUUUAGUUGGCAUGAUUCCAUCAUGUUUGGGAAGUUUUAGCCAAUCUCUUCGCUUUUUGAGGCUUGCAGGAAACAAAUUGAUUGGCAAUAUUCCUCAAACUUAUUCUAAAAGAAAUGCCCUUCAGUUCAUUGAUUUCAGCUCUAACAAUUUGUAUGGUCAAUUACCAAGAUCAUUAGUCAACUGUAGAAUGCUAGAGCUUCUUGAUGUGAGCCAUAACCAUUUGAAUGAUUCAUUUCCUUUCUGGUUACAAUCUCUUCCUAAACUGAAGGUUAUUUCUUUACGUAACAAUAAAUUUCAUGGAGCUAUUAAGUGCCCAUCAAAUUGUACAUUUUUGAAACUUCAAAUCAUUGAUCUUUCUCAGAAUGAUUUUUCUGGAAAUUUGUCAUCAGAAAUAAUCAAGAAUUUCAGAUCGAUGACACUUUCCAACACAAGUGAUCCAGCACAUUUCAAAGACGACGUUUAUUAUUUGCAACAUUCUUUGAUUGAUAUUGAGUUGCUUUCAUUUUCAAUGUCCAACAAAGGAGUUGUCAUGGAUUAUCUUGGGGUUCAAUACCUUCAUCACAUGGUAGCCGUUGAUCUUUCAUGUAACAAAAUUUAUGGUGAGAUUCCAGAUACCAUGGGAAGUUUGAAUGGUCUUGUUGUGCUCAACUUGUCCAAUAACAUGUUUACUGGCAGCAUCCCAUCUUCCUUCGGAAAGCUUUCAAAUCUUGAAGUGCUGGACCUUUCUCUCAAUAACUUGUCAGGGAAUAUUCCUCAACAACUCACAGGGCUAACCUUCUUGGAUUUCUUCAAUGUGUCUUUCAACAAUCUCUCAGGUCCAAUACCAGAAAGUGGGCAACUUUCCACAUUUGAUGAUAAUUCAUUUAAGGGAAACAAUGAUUUGUGCGGGAUUCAAUUGGUGAAGAAAUGCAAAGAUCAUUCGAUGCCUCCACUACCAACACCUGAGGGUAAUCAAGACUUUGAAUCAGGAUCUUUCUUUAAAUCUAAUUGGAUGGUAAUUCUAAUUGGAUAUGGGGGUGGCCUUCUUGCUGGGUUAGCACUGGGAAAUGCUUUUGCUGUAGAUGUUUAUAGGUUGCUGAAAAGGAUCUUUUAAAUCACAAGUCUAGAUUUUGUUAUUUUCAUCUGUGUAAUGUUAGAUCAUUUUUAUUUGUGUGUUUUCAUUUGAAGUUAUUGUGUUCAUCUCAUGUAAGAGUGGGCCAUGUGUAAUUCCAAAUAAAGUAGAUAAA